CUCCCUCCUAAAGUUUGAGAGGGCAGUCACCACAACAGCACCUGAACAGGAGGAUCACCCAAACCUUCUUCUCUUGUCUUUUGCUCUCUCCCUUCUGUUGUUCUCCACUGAUGAAACCAAAUCAACUUCACUACUAAGCUCAGGUUUUAAACCAAGACUGGAGAGUCGUGCAACCUCACAGCCCCAUAUUUCCCUGCUCAAUUGCGUGGAACAGCACAAGCUGUGGAGGCUGAAUUUGUAUUCUGAGCUCUUUUCCUUACGAUCAUUAUUGACUUGACCAGCUGCAAAGAAACAGAAGUUGAACAGAGAAACGCGGAAAUCUCAUUUUUAGACAGUGGCACAAGGAAAUGAUAGAUCUAUUGAUAUCACAGAGCCUGUCUGUAAGCAGUGGGUCUUCUGAGAAUCUCAAGUUCGACCUUUCCGACAGUCACCCCGAAUCUCCUGAUGACAUAACAGAUACGUCAAAGAAAGUGUCUUCCAGAGAAAGCUUCCCACAUUCAGGAAAUAGCAAGGAAUCUCAGCAAUUUACAUCUGAAGGAAUCUACUCGAGGCACUACCCUCAUAUUGUGUCGCCCCCAUCUGUACCAGGGAUGGCUGCUUAUGGACAGACCCAAUACAGUGCGGGGAUACAACAGACAGCAGCUUAUUCUACAUAUCCACCCCCAGGACAAUCCUAUGGAAUCCCAUCAUAUAGCAUUAAAACAGAGGACAGUUUAAGUCAUUCCCCGGGACAGAGUGGGUUUCUUACCUAUGGCUCCAGUUUCAGCACCCCACCACCAGGCCAGGCGCCGUAUACAUACCAGGUUCAUGGUCCAUCGGGUAUUUAUCAAGGAACCAAUGGCCUGACCAACGCAGGAGCCUUUGGAAGUGUGCAUCAGGAAUAUUCAUCAUACCCAGGCUUCAGUCAAGGCCAGUACCCACAGUAUUACAGCUCCUCAUACAACUCCCCGUAUGUACCCACAAACAGCAUCAGUCCCACAGCCCUGUCUACAGCCGCUUACUCAAUCCACGAAUCCUCUCAACACAUCUCCAACCAGAGCACAGAACCACUAUCAGGGGAAUACAAUGCUCACAAUGGUCCCUCCACUCCAAUUAAAGACUCAGAAAAUGAUCAGCAACACCGAGGAUCUGACGCCAAAUUACGCGGAAGAUCUAAAAGAAAUAAUGACCCAUCUCCUGCGGUGGAUAAUGAAAUAGAGCGUGUGUUCGUAUGGGAUUUGGACGAAACAAUCAUUAUUUUUCACUCGUUACUCACGGGAACCUUUGCAACAAGAUACGGGAAGGACACAACAACUGCAGUCAGAGUAGGUCUGAUGAUGGAAGAGAUGAUCUUCAACCUUGCAGAUACACACCUGUUCUUCAAUGACCUGGAGGAAUGCGACCAAACUCACAUAGACGACGUUUCCUCGGACGACAAUGGACAAGAUUUGAGCACAUAUAACUUCUCUGCAGAUGGAUUCCACAGUUCUGCUGCUGGUGCCAACCUCUGUCUGGGAUCUGGCGUCCAUGGGGGAGUUGACUGGAUGAGGAAACUAGCGUUUCGCUACAGGAGAGUAAAGGAGAUGUACAGCACUUAUAAAAACAAUGUAGGAGGUUUAAUCGGAGCUCCAAAGAGGGAAACGUGGCUUCAGCUAAGAGCAGAAAUGGAGGCCUUGACCGAUCUGUGGUUGACUCAUGCACUUAAAGCGUUGAAUCUAAUACACUCGAGGCCAAACUGCGUAAAUGUACUAGUAACCACCACGCAGCUUAUACCAGCCAUCGCCAAGGUGCUGCUCUACGGCCUCGGAACAGUCUUUCCAAUCGAGAACAUUUAUAGCGCGACAAAGACAGGGAAGGAGUGCUGCUUCGAGAGGAUAAUGCAGAGAUUUGGAAGAAAAGCUGUGUACGUUGUAAUCGGAGACGGUGUGGAAGAGGAGCAAGCAGCGAAAAAGCACAACAUGCCAUUCUGGAGAAUCUCUUGCCACGCUGAUCUGGAAGCAUUACGGCACGCUCUAGAACUGGAGUACUUGUAGCAGGAGUUCCGUGCUGGCCUCCCCUCAGCAAGUCUCUCAACUAGAACUUUCUCAGUUGGUCAGGAACAUGGAAACUCCAGCAGGAUGAUCAAGCUAUGGAGGAUCCGACCCAGAACUUGUAUAAUUUAAUCAGACGCUCAUUGCUGAACCUGGACUACUAGUGCGGGUUUCUCCACCCUCCACACGGACUAUUUAUAAGCACAAAUGGACUUGAUAUAAUAAUACACAUUGGCCGCACAGAUACACCGGCCAAACCCACUACACAAUGGAUUACCCACCAUGGCGUCAAAUAGGUUUUUUUUUUUUUUUUAUGUUGUUUUUCUAAUUUAUGGACUUCUCUCGUUUUUAUUUCUUUCACUUUGCUCCUUUAGCUGAGCCUGUAACUGUCUGGAGGCGGGAGGGUGGGCGUACGUCGAUCUUAUUUAAUAAUUCUUUUCUUCACGGCAAAGGCUGGGGACAAUCAGGUUGUGUAUAUUAGUAAGGGUUGGUACAAAUAGUUAUGUUUGAACCUUGUAUAGAUGGUAAGUGGACUGUGCAUGCGUCUACGCCAUGCCUUGUGCUGCCAUCUUUCUUUUUUUUUUUUUAUAUAGGUAAAAUAAGUAAAAAAAAAAAUGUUGUCAUGAAUGAAAAAGGCAUUAAAGAAAACUACGUUUACAUUUUGGGGGAAAUUCAUAGCCGGUUUGGAGUGUUUGCAGUUCUUAUGUGUAGAGGAAUUCCCUUCUAUCUCCUGGAAUGACGGCAGCUCAUGCUUUCCCGGGAAUAGUCCAUUCCCAAACCAAGAGUAUUAAUGUGAAGUUGUUCCUCCAUUUGCUUCCACUAGAUGUUGGAACAUUGUUGGGAGUUGUUUCCAUUCAGCCACAAGAACAUUAGUGAGGUUGGGCAGUGAUGUUGGGGAUCAGUCGGGGUUCCCAUUCAUCCCACAGGGGUUCCGAUAGGUUGAGCUCAGGGCUUUGUGCAAUCAGGUUCUUCCCAUCUCAGCAAACUUAGUCUAUACAGACCCGGCUUUGUGUAUGGGGCAUUAUUGUGCUGAAAUGGGAAAGAACAAUGUCAUUGUACCCUUCAGUCUUAAAGGAAAUGUACAUUUUUAUUAAAAAAUCCAUUCUA